AUGGCUAAUCAGAUGGGCUUACAUGUUGGUUGCUUGCUUCUUGUUGUUGCGGUGGCCCUGUUGAAGGGUGCCGCAGCUGAUAAUUACACUGUUGGAGACGAUUUAGGCUGGACCAUUCCUCCAGCGGGCUCUAUAGCCUAUAAAACCUGGGCUAACAAAAAGAGCUUUCAGAUUGGUGACACAAUAGUAUUUAACUGGACUGGGUCACACACAGUAGCUGAAGUAUCAGAGGCUAAUUACGAGAACUGCACAAAGUCGAAUCCUUUGGCUUUGCAUGAUUCAAGCCCUGUACCAAUUACACUGACGUCCAACUUGACCCGAUACUUCAUAUGCACGGUAGACAGUCACUGCAGUGAUUUUGGACAGAAGGUGACUAUCAAAAUUGGAGGAGAUGAUGAUCGCUGGUGGGAAGGGAACAGCGCUUCUUCUCCCACCCUUAAUAUCGCUGCCUUGUUGUUCUGCAGUGCCAUAGCAGCCUUCUUCUUGAGCUACUAA